AUGUUGACCACUCUUUUGCUCGUUGCCGCAAUCAAUGUAACCAUUGCAUGUGAAUGUGGUAUGGAAGGUUCCUCCGGUCGAAUCUACAAAGGAACAAAGGUUCGAGCCAAUAAAUAUCCUUGGUUAGCUCAUAUUAGGAGCUUCGCUGAUCGAGACGAUAACUCCUUUGGUCAAUGUGGAGGUUCAUUGAUUGAUGAAACCCACGUCGCUACCGCUGCUCACUGUGUUGUCACUAAGGAUGGACAACGUUACAAACCAGAAAACAUCGAUGUCUUCCUUGGACGAGUUAAAGCUUUCAGUGACUUCUCCUACCCACAUAAAGUUUCAAAAGUUUGGUUUGAUCCUAACAUGUGA